AGACACGUUUGAUUUUACGAUUUUGCUGAGUUUUGAGGAGAUAUGAGGGGGUUUGUGCUGUUCGUUCUUCAGAUCGCUCUGGUGAGUGGAUGCUCCGACACCAGCGCAGAUUGCAGCUACUACAAAGAGGCCGGGUAUUGUGAGAGUUAUGGGGAUACUCUCAAAGAGAUGUGUGCUAAAAGCUGUGGGUUCUGUAGUGGAGGUGGAGGUGGAGACGGGGGUGAACCCGGUACUGCUGUAGAUCCUAGACCAGAACGAGAGCCGGAGAGUAUGGAGCUUUGCCGGGACACUUGCUCCACCAAGGACUGUGAAUGGUACAAGACCCAGAGCCACUGUGAGAAAUACUCUGCUGUCAUGGUCAUGAACUGUGCGCAAACUUGCGGCUGGUGUGGCGCUACCCUUUGUACGCCACCUGAUGUGGAGAACGGUUGGACCGAUUUUGAGAUGAUCAUGAUCCCCGCCGGAGCAACAGUCAACGUUUACUGUUACGAGGGUUUCAAAAACAUGGGAUACGGGCAGUUGACCUGUGGUGCUUUCGGAGAAAUGGAAGGUUCUGCUAGAUGCGAGGAGAUCGGUGGAGAUGAUAGCCGUUACCCAGCACCAGAAGAGACUGCUUGUCAAAGAGCCGCUAAAUCAGCCAUGGAGCCGACCUAUGUUAAUGCUCAAUACGUGAUCCCUCAAGUCUCCACACAUUACGUGCCUCAAUGUGAUGAUUACGAGGGCAACUACAAAGAGAUCCAGUAUGACGGAGGAAAGGGAGAAACCUUCUGCGCUGACAUGUAUCGUGGGAUUGAGAUCCAAGGAACAAGGAUCCAGGGAAAACAUGAAUACAUCAGCUGUGCUCCAGGAUCCGCUAAGGAUUAUUACGAGAGAUUAGCUCUAGAAAGGGGUGCAAGCAACUCAGGAUCGGAUGGUUACAACUAUGAUACCUACGAUAAUAGUGAAUCAAGUUACGAUUACAACUACGACAAUAGCGACACCAGCUACGAUUACAACUACGACAACAGUGAAACCAGCUACGAUUACAACUAUGACAGUAGUGGAUCAACUUCUGCUGGCGGAGAUGCCGACUCGAGCUACGAUUACAACUAUGACAACAGCGAUUCAGGUUACGAUUACAACUACGACAAUAGCGACUCUGGCUAUGACUACAAUUAUGACAACAGCGGAUCAGCUGGUGAGGAUGCUGGAUACGAAACUUCAGGUGACGAUGAUUACUAUGUCGCUGGCGGCGAAGAUUACUAUGUUGCUCCUGACGAUGGAUAUACUGCUAGUGAUGAUGGUUAUUAUGCUGGUGAUGAUGGAUAUUCUGCAGGUGACGAUAGUUACUAUGCUGGUGGUGAUGGAUAUGCUGCUGGCGGUGAUGGAUAUGCUGCAGGUGGCGAUGGAUAUGCUGCUGGUGGUGAUGGAUAUGCUGCUGGUGGUGAUGGAUAUGCUGCUGGCGGUGAUGGAUACUAUGAUGCUGGUGGUGAUGGAUAUGCUGCCGGUGGUGAUGGAUAUGCUGCUGGGGGUGAUGGAUACUAUGUUGCCGGUGGUGAUGGAUAUGCUGCUAGUGGUGAUGGAUAUUCUGCUGGGGAUGAUGGAUAUGCUGCUGGUGGUGAUGGAUAUGCUGCUGGUGGUGAUGGAUACUAUGUUGCCGGUGGUGAUGGAUAUGCUGCUGGUGGUGAUGGAUAUGCUGCUGGCGGUGAUGGAUAUGCUGCUGGUGGUGAUGGAUAUGCUGCUGGUGGUGAUGGAUACUAUGUUGCCGGUGGUGAUGGAUAUGCUGCUGGUGGUGAUGGAUAUGCUGCAGGUGGUGAUGGAUAUGCUACAGGUGGUGAUGGAUAUGCUGCUGGUGAUGAUGGUUACUACGCUGGUGAUGAUGGUUACUACGCUGGUGAUGAUGGUUACUAUGCAGGUGGCAGUGAUGGGUAUGCCUCUGGAGGAGAUGCUUACUAUGAUGAUGGAGAUGGAUUCGAUAAUUCAUACUACUACACUGAAGGAGAUAGCGAAGAGGAAGUAGCUGCUGUAGAGACAGAGGUUGCUAGCGAACCUGAGAAGGUUGUCGAAGAAGUUAUCAUGGAAGAGGAGGUAGAAGAAAACACCAAGGACGCCCGGAGACGAAACAAGAAGAGAAGGAGAAAUAAGCGAGAAGCUGAUGCUGAGCCCGCCGACGAAUAGUUGGAGGGGCCUACUACGGACGUUUGAAACGGAUAUGACAUAUUUUCUUUGUAUAUAGAUUAUAAAAAAGCUUUGACACUGCACAUUU